UGCUCUCAAAUUUUUUUAUAAAUAGGUCUGGAGACCCCUCAGUUAACUUGAAGCCAUAUAUCCACAAGAUUUUUUUUUUUUCCCCCUCUGCUUUGUGUUGAUAGGUCGCUGGACUCUGGAAAGCUCCUCUGGAUGUUUGAGACACUGAAAAUUUUAAGUGCCAAGGCAGUAGCAAUGAACAGUGCGAAGGCAAACACCCUGGCGCAUUUAUACAGGCAGCUGAAAACUAUCUGGAGUCCAGCAGCAGUGCCAGCACGACUCUGCAGCCUGGCCACCUGCACUCGCAAAAACAGGAAUGAUGCAUUGCAUCCACUUUGGCAGAGUCCGCUUACAAUUCCUGGAGGCACCCGGCAGUCUCCUAUCAAUAUUCAGUGGAGAGACAGUGUUUAUGACCCCUUUCUGAAGCCUCUGAAAAUCAGCUAUGACCCAGCGACGUGUCUUCACAUCUGGAACAAUGGAUAUUCAUUCCUGGUUGAGUUUGAUGAUUCUACUGAUAGAUCAACAAUCGUUGGAGGUCCCUUGGAAAACCAGUACAGGCUAAAGCAGUUCCACUUCCAUUGGGGAGCUAUAAACGAGUGGGGUUCAGAGCACACAGUUGACAGUAAAUUUUACCCAGCAGAGUUACAUUUAGUACACUGGAAUGCUGUUGCAUACCCAACUUUUGAAGAAGCUGUAAUGGAGGGUAACGGCUUGGCUGUUAUUGGAGUGUUUUUAAAGCUAGGAACACAUCAUGAAGGGCUGCAGACACUGGUUGAUGCCUUGCCGGCAGUUAAACACAAGGACACUAUUAUCGAGUUUGAUGUCUUUGAUCCCUCUUGUUUGAUACCUUCGUGCCCCGAUUAUUGGACCUACGCAGGCUCUUUGACUACUCCCCCGCUUACGGAAUCAGUCACAUGGAUUAUUAAAAAGAAGCCGAUAGAGGUUGAUGAAAAUCAGCUGGAAGCAUUUCGGAUGCUGCUCUUUACUUCAGAUGGCGAAGAAGAAAAGAGAAUGGUAGACAACUUCCGCCCUCUUCAGCCAUUAAUGAACCGAACCGUCCGUUCAUCCUUCCAAAUCAGGCAUCUCUUAAAUACUGAAGUACAGCCCAAAGACCGUGCUGAGCAGAUCAGGCCAUAGAUGGCCCAUGAAACAUCAGUCCGGACAUUUCAUCCAGACAUAUCCGUAUACCUGGGCUGAUGUUAUUUUUUAAUUAUUUUUCCUUUUCCUGCAGUGUGUGUAUGCCGUACAGUUUCAUAGCCAGCCAGUUUCGGUUCUGCUAAGUGCCAUUUGACUUAUAUUAGAGAAGCUGUGGGGUCGUUUAGUUCUGCUUUUUCAAAGUAGUAAAUAAUAUUAACCCUUAACAAACUGACUUGCUUUAAAGCAAGGAUCAGUAAGGAAUUAUUUUGACAGUUAAAGGAAAAAUAAGGGCAGGAGGUCUCUUUCCCGAUCUCUUUUCUGAACUGUUCUGUGUCUCUUCAAAUGCUCUUUCAUUUGCUUACAUAGCAAUUACAUAGCUUACAUGAAUUAAUAAUCCAAACUAAAAACAUGUAAGCAAGCAGAAAGUGUGAAGAAGUUAAUAGCAUUAAUACUGAUCAGGUCCUUUUGUGGAAUUGUUUCAGAGGUUUGAGAACUAACUUCUCUAGUCUGAUAUACAGAGACAGUUUAUCUUCUUCCUUAUUUCUUGGUGUUUAGGAUGACAAGAGGAGAAGGAAAAAAUGAAUUACAGAAUCUAACCUUUUUCCAUUGUAUUGACUGUAUGAUCUCUGUUUGAUAUGGAUGUCACGGAAUGUCCAUUCUAUCUACACCACAAGUCAGCAGACUUUUUCUAAAACCUUAUAACAGAUGUAGAAGUUUUUAGCUUUGGCAGCUUUUACAUUUCUGCGUCAAUAAUGUACCAGGAGAAGAGAGCAGAACAGAAUUUACCAGUAUCUCGAGACUGGCAGAGCAGCAAAUUAAGCAAAAAUGUCCAACUGAUCCCAGGAAACUGAUCACAUCAAAGGAAAGCAAAAUUAGAUAUGCCCCAGCUGACCUUCCCAACGGGAUUUGGGGGGGAAAAAAAAAACAAACCCCAAACAAUUUCUGAAACCUAAUCCAGUGCUAAGAGAGUAUGGACAAAAUGCAGCAUUCAGAUACUUGGAAGGUUAUUUUUUUUUCCUUCAGUAAUUCAUCUAGCAACAGUGUACUCUCUUCAAAGUCUUGUCUUAAGGUGUACUUCCCUUAUAAAGAGUUAUCUAGCUUCAAGAUAACUGGGGACCAGAUUAUAUUUAUAGCACCUUAUAGUACCAAAGUUCAGUGGUGGCUGAAAUUUAUUUGUGGACCAGAUAAAAUUGUUGUGUAAGCUGCCAGCUGUGGAGCCUUAUCCUAGAGUUACGAUCCAAUUGCCACAAGUAUUAUCUACCUCUAAGCAUACUACUACUAGCCAUAAUUUUCUCUCAAGCACCUUUCUCACUGGCUUUUUAUGCUUUACUGUUUUUAACGAUGUGCCUGUACAUGAAAAUCACGUAUGGUCAGAUUUUCUGAUGAGGAGCAGGUCUAUCUGUAGACUCAUGACAUGAUCUUGAUUGAUUGUAUUUGAGGAGUCAUCCUGUGGAACAGAUGUUGCUUGGUCUGCUCCUGCCAGUAAGCGAAGUCACUAAGCUGGUGUGACUCAGCACAAGUGAAGCCAGGACACUAGCUCGUCGAUGCUAAAUUCAGAACUUUAUAAUUGAUACUUCUGUUUUUUUUAAGCCUAAGUGUUGAGUUUAAAAGCACUUUAACACUUUUUAGUGUGACCUUGAUGAUUUUAAGGUUUUUUUAUGUUCUUAUUUAACCAAUUAAGUGCCCAGGUCCUGCCUUUUCUUCCUUAAUAGCUCUACCUCAGGCUGUUGUUAAUGUUGCAACACUUGUGCCUUUCUGUCUGGGCAAUCUGAAACGUGCCCACUUCACCUCAGAGUGACUCUACAUGGUAGAUGUAAGAAAAUCUCUUUUCUAUUCCAGUGUAGUAUACUUACUUUUACUGUGUAGUACGUUCAACAUGGCAGUAUGUAUCUUCGGUUUCAUUACCUCUCCCAAGCCCUUACUGCUCAGUUGACCCAUCUUGCUUGACCUCUGUAGAGCUAUACCAUCUAUACCAACUUGGUUGAACGAUAGCAUCCCAGUUGAAUCUAUACAGUCUUUGGCAUCAUCUUAGAAUCACAGAGUCGUUUAGGUUGGAGAAGACCUUUAAGAUCAUUCAGUCCAACCGUUAACCCAGGACUGCCAAGUCCACCACUAAACCAUGUCCCUAAGGGCCACAUUGACAUGUCUUUUAAUUAUCUCCAGGGAUGGUGACUCCACCGCUUCCCUGGGCAGCCCAUUCCAGUGCUUGUUAACCCUUUUGGUUGAAGAAGUUUGUCUUAACAUCCAAUCUAAACCUCCCCUGGUGCAGCUUGAGGCAGACAGACUUUUUACUAUGUUCCUAGUCCGCAGAAUCACAUCAGUCAUGGUUUUGCCAGAGAAUGCUAGGUUCCAAAAUAAUUUUGGAAGGGAUAUCUACAGUUCUGGCAAUAGGAAAAGAAUUCUUUUGUUUUCUGCCUGAAUGUAGGUGCUGUAGUCAUUGUUAAGGUUGAGGGUUUUGUUCAGUGCUGUUAUUGCAAAUGCUUUUCUGAGGAGGACCCUGUAGAAACAUGGCAGUGGUUCAGAACUUGUCUUUCUUUGAGAUUUUUUGCUGCUUAUUAUUAGCAGUUAAGAAAAACUGUAAUAUAAAGACAUCUUAAUGUCGCCUUCACAUUUAAAACACAUUUUAAAAAAAAAAGUCACAUACAGGUGACACAGAAGCACUAAGCUAGAUAUAGGUAGCCUGCAUCAGUAUCCCUAUCGUAUAUAAAUAGGUUGUUUUAAAAAGCUUCAUACGAUUGCUCAAAGUUUUUUAGUUGCCUUGGUAAUUUUCACCAAAUUUUUAUGUACAUCUGAUCCACUGAGCCUGUUUCACUAGUUAAUAGAGCUUCCCUAGCAUAUGCAAAUACAAAAAAAGAAGUAUUUUGCUCCCAGGGAACUACCAUAGUGUAAACGUUUAAUCUUCAGAUGCUUCAUAACGCUCUAGUAUGCUCACACCCAACUGAGAUCUCAGUGGUUAGGUUUGCUGCACUGAACCAGAUUUUCUUCCUGGGUGUGUAAAUCUCUGUAAGAUGCUCACCACCAUGCAUCCAUCAGAGAGAAAGUUGACUACUCUGUUUUCAGUGAUCUUUCUAAAAUUCUCAUAGAAAUUUACUUUGUUAAAGUAUUGUCGUGGAAGUUUUGUUAGAGAAUAGGUAUAUUAGCCAGUCAUACAAUCAAUAAGCUAUGCUCCAUAUAUAUUUACAUAAAAUCACAUCUAAGUAUACUGACAUAAACCUAAUUAUUUCAAUUUCAGCACUGAUAGUUUCAAAUAUCAGGAAAUGGGGUCGACGUAGAAAAACUUAACUCUGUGCUACAAAUAUAAGCUUUACAGGGAUUUUCUGUUAUAGUUAUUUUGCUGGUUUUUGAGUCUUGCAUUUACACAUUAGUGUUUUAGCAUCUCUGGGUAAGGUCAACAGUAUCUCAGUUGCAGGGUGGAUUGUCAUUGAAAUUAGCAGUCUGAAAAUUAUCAGAAAGAUUGUUUGUUUGUUUGUUGGGUUUUUUUAACUUUUAGUUUACAAUGACUGUACUGGCCUUGCAAAAGCUAACUGUGAGAAAAAUAAUUCUGCAUGCCUGCACAAGUGUGUAAAACAGGAGAUGGGAUAUAAUUCUUUUGUCUUAUUCUCUCAGUUGCAUGAGGGGAAAACCAAUUUGAUUUGAUUGUUGGACUAGAGCUAAGACCUGUAAUGAUUUUGCACAGCUAAGUUGAACUCUAAAGUGCCUGCAUAGGAAUCUUUGGGCUCUUUGUUUUUAUGGUACAGUCCAAAAGGGUCAAAGGACACAUUUGUGUUUGUCCUUGCAUAGUAGUCACUUCUGUUACUUAACAGGGUACUGGGAGGCGUUCCUGUGGCAGUAAGCGCUAGGAAUUAAAGACUGUAACAGAAAUAAUUUUGAGGACAGCUUACUGAAAAGGGAGUAGGGUUUUGGGCAUAGGUCUGCAUCCCUGUCGGUCUGACUUCCAGUUGCCUUUCAAUGUUUCUGUUCAGUGUUGGUCUUACCAGAAGUCUCGUUCUCGGUGACUUCGUAGUUGAAGGACUUAAUUUGCCGUUUGGAUGGUUGCUCUGUGUUCCUACAUUCCCGAGCAUCCGCACUGGUGCACUUCAGGUGUGCGCCACCACGUGUACCUGGCCGCUCUUUUGUUCUCUUCUGUCAAGAAUGGUUUGCGUUGGUAUUUUUACUGCAGUUCUGACAGGAGUGUAUCUUUUGGCUUUGAAAGCUUUAGAAAUGGAGACUGCUUUGAUCUCCCAAAAAUCUACUGGGUUUUAGAGUACUGGAAUCCUGCACAGGUUGCUUUUGAGGAAGGGUCCCUUCUUCUGCUCAACUUAAUAGUCAAUAGCGUUUGCUUUAAAAAUUGCAUGCCUUUAAUUCGGAAUGUCUUAACUUGUAUUUCUUGGCACAUCUUUGUUUUUUCCUUUGUGCCUCUUGUAUUCCUGGCAGUUAUUACAUUGUGUAUUUUAAUGUAUGUUAUCUGCAUAAUCAUAAUUUACGCAAGUAAUUGUCUUUGCGGACAACAUAUGUAACCGGGAAUGCUGUUUGUUCUCCUAAGAUACAGGCCUUUACCGUCAGUUUUUACCUGCUGUAAAGAAACUUCUAGCUGCUGGAUUUUAAACUGUUACUUUAGUGUACAAACUAUGUAAUAAAGAAACACAGAGAAACCUG